UCGGAUCCACCAACUCUCGAACCCGAUAAUAUCAAUGGGCUUCCCCGCGACGCGAUCCGGUUGGUUACUCUUGGAGUUCAGAGUGUGCAGACUGGAGAUGGGCGACGGAAAGAGCAGCCCAAACCCCUAUCUCCGAUGGCGAAGAAGAGGUUAGGAGAGACAUGCCGGCGAAGAAGAAGGUGGUGGUGGUGAUGGGUGCCACUGGUGCGGGGAAAUCAAAGCUGGCGAUCGACCUGGCCUCCCACCUCCCAUGCCCCAUCGAGAUUGUCAACGCCGACUCCAUGCAGGUCUAUCAAGGCCUCGAUGUCCUCACCAAUAAAGUUCCCCUCUCUGAACGACAAGGUGUUCCGCAUCAUCUCCUUGGAACCGUCGCUGCUUCGGAGGAGUUCACUUCAAAGGACUUCCGGGAUCUCGCCAUUGCAAUCAUUGAUGACAUAUUGGCUCGUGAUAGAGUUCCGGUUAUCGUUGGGGGUACCAAUUACUAUAUACAGGCUCUCGUGAGUCCAUUCCUUGUAGAUGAUGUUGUGGAUGACAUAACUGCCUGCUCUUUUAAUUCAUCUAGAGAAUUGAAGAGUGUUGAUCCUUGUGCUGUCUAUGAGAGGCUGAAGGAGAUUGACCCUGUGGCCGCAAAUAGGAUCCACCAGAAUGAUCACAGAAAGAUAAAUCGUUACCUCAGCUUGUAUGAAUCUUCUGGUGUUCCACCUAGCAGUUUGUUUCAAGGGGAGGCAGCCAAGAAGUGGGGCCGAGCAGAUUGUCUUAGAUAUGAUUGUUGUUUUAUAUGGGUGGAUGCUGCUCUGCCUGUUCUCGAUAGAUUUGUUGACCAACGGGUUGAUUGCAUGAUUGCUGGUGGUUUAUUAAAUGAAGUACAUGAAAUUUACAAACCAAAUGCAGAUUAUACACGAGGUUUGCGGCAGGCCAUUGGUGUUCGGGAAUUUGAGGAUUUCUUCAGAUACUAUUUUAGCAACACGAUGACAGGUGGCACAUGUGUCUGUGGUAAUGGUAGCGCAUAUAAUUCUGAAGAUGGCACUCCAAGUUCAAUAAAUGAAUAUGAGGAGGUCCUGGAGCCCAACUUCUUGGAAAUUCUAAAUUCUAAUGAUAACAACCUUAAGGUUCUGUUGUGUGAAUCAAUUGACAAGCUAAAAGCAAACACACGUAAGCUUGUCCGUCGGCAAAAACGGAGGCUUAAUCAGUUGAAAAAGUAUUUUGGUUGGGACUUGCAUAACGUUGAUGCUACGGUAGCCUUGUUUAAUACUUCUAAUGAUUCCUGGUCUGUGGCAGUUGUUCAACCUUGUGUUGAUCUUGUGAAAACUUUUUUAUUUGAUCAUGAAUUGGACCCUUUGAUAUGUAAGCGUGCACCAUUUAACACCAAUAAUGAAGCUCUAAUCUCAAGGGACUUGUGGAAUCAGCAUAUCUGUGAGGCAUGCGGAAAUCAGAUUCUCAGAGGAGCGCAUGAAUGGGAACAACACAAAAAAGGGCGAAGGCACAGAAAGCAAAUACUCAGGUUGAAAAAGAAGAAAGCAAGUUCCUCCAUGAUAGAUUGUUCAGGUCAUCCUUCAGAUGAAAAUUAUUCAGUGUGUUUUACAUGAGUCCACGAGUCAUUUUGUUUGGAAACUAAACUAGUUCAUCACAGUGGUAUAUUUACCAGGG